CCGUUUAACCUUCCAUUGGUGUGGUUUCUAGGGCAGCAAAGGCGCGCGGGUACAAGCUUCCGGCAAGAAAGAAUGCGACUGGGCAUCCCGGCAGCUGAGCUGACCUAGAAGGUUUCCAGGGCUAGAGAUGUUUAGCAGGCUGGGUUUCGGCGGCGGCGCUCCACCAGGGACACCCAAGAGGAUUGUGGAGCUCGAUCCGGCCACCGCCGCGGUAGCGCCGCCCGCGGCUCCAGCGUCCAAUGCUUCCAAUGGCACAGGUCCGGCAAAGGCGAUCCGGCUCGUCUAUUGCGAUGACAAGGGGAGAUUUCGGAUGGAUGCUGAGGCCGUGGCGGCAUUGCAGCUGGUCAAGGGGCCGAUUGGCGUGGUGGCGGUGUGUGGGCGAGCCCGGCAGGGGAAGAGCUUCAUCUUAAACCAGCUGCUAGGCCGGAGUAGCGGAUUUCAAGUGGGUCCGACUCACCGACCAUGCACCAAAGGACUCUGGAUGUGGAGCGCUCCAAUCAAGAGGUUUGCUCCGGAUGGAACGGAGUAUAAUCUUCUCUUACUCGACAGUGAAGGAAUCGAUUCUUAUGAUCAGACGGGAACGUACAGCACGCAGAUCUUCUCACUCGCGGUGCUGUUGUCCAGUAUGUUCGUCUACAACCAAAUGGGAGGAAUUGACGAGGCUGCCUUGGAUCGUUUGUCCCUGGUAACGGAAAUGACAAAGCACAUUCGCGUCAGGGCUUCGCAAAAGACUACGACUGCAGACGAGCUUGGACAGUUCUCUCCAGUUUUUCUCUGGUUGCUCAGGGACUUCUAUCUCGAUCUUAAUGAAGACGGACGGAGGAUUACACCCAGGGAAUACCUCGAGUCCGCUCUGCAGCCAAUGCCUGGAAGUGGCAAAGCAAUUUAUGCCAAGAACGAGAUUCGAGAGUCCAUCCGUGCUUUGUUUCCAGACAGGCAUUGCUUCACUCUUGUGCGGCCCGUGAAUGAGGAGCAUGACCUCCAGAGACUUGAUCUUUUACCAAUGGAGAAGAUGCGAUCUGAAUUUCGUCUUGGAUUGGAUCAUCUCACAAAAUUCGUUAUCGAGAGAACUAGGCCGAAACAGCUUGGGUCCACUGUGAUGACAGGUCCCAUGCUUGCAGGUCUAACACAGUCUUUUCUGGACGCUAUAAACGCAGGUGCUGUCCCCACAAUUGCUACAUCAUGGCAGAAUGUUGAGGAGAAUGAGUGCCGCCGUGCGUACGAUGUGGCGUUGGAGACUUACAUGAGGUCCUUUGAUAAAUCGACACCUCCAGACCUGAAUGCUUUGCAAGAAGCACACGAUAAAGCAUUCCAAGCUUCUCUCUCUGUGUAUAAUGCUGAGGCUGUCGGAGCGGGUCCUAUCAGGUCAAAGUAUGAAAGACAGCUGCAAACGGCUCUAAGAAAGCAUUUCGAGGACUACAAGCAAAGGUCUUCAAUGGAAGCAGAGCUGAAAUGCGUGAAAGUGAUUGAAGGCAUGGAUGAUAAAUUAAGAAUGGCAUGCCACUCGCCAAAUGCUUCCCUGGAUCAGAUAUUGCAGUUAUUAAACGAGCUAAUUGUACAAUACGAGAAAUCGGUUUUUGGACCUGCCAAAUGGCAAAAACUUGUAAAAUUUAUUCAACAGAGCUUGGAAGGAUCAAUCAGCGAUCUAUUUAAGAAAAUUAGUCAUCAAGCAGCAUCACAAGCUUCAAGUCUCGAUUUGAAAUGCCGUUCGCUGGAAGAUAAGCUUGCACUGACCGGACGACAGAUAGAAGCUGCGCAAAGAGAAUCCAUGGACUGGAAGAGAAGGUAUGAAGCAGCCAUAGCGGACUACAAAUCUUCUAGUGAGCUCUCGGCGGGCCAGUACGCAAGUCUCCAGAGUAAACUUGGCAAGUCAGAAGAGAAGCGGGUUAGCCUUGCACAGCAGCUGGAAGUAGCGCUGAAGGAAGCCCUGGAGUGGCAAAAAAAGUUUGAGCAUGCGUCUGGGGACCGACGCCUAGUGGAGGAGAGGCAAAGAUCCGAGCUUUCGGCACUUCAAAGCAGGUGUAGUGCUGCGGAAGCACGACUGGCGGCUGCGCGUGAGCAGGCCGACUCGGCAAAGGAGGAGGCCGCCGAAUGGCGGAGGAAACAUGACUCUGUGAUCAAUGAGUCCCGCUCAUCCGCUGAACGGUUCAAUGCGCUUCGGGAACGUGGAAACAAACAACAACAAGUGAGAGAAGAUGCGCUGCGAACCGAGUUUGCCUCUAAGUUGUCGCAAAAGGACACUGUACUAAAUGAGACGAACGCGAAGCUGGAGCAGAGCGAACGCCUUGUGACUGAUUUGAAGGCCCGCAUGCAGGCUCACGAGGCCAAGGCGCUUGCGGAAGAAGAGGAGCUCGUUGCUCUACGCGAAGAGUCGAAACACUACCAAAUGAUGGCGAUGGAGAGACUGGCCGGCAUAGAGAAGGCGGAGCGGCAUGCCGAGGCCCUGGCCAGGGAGAAGGAGGGCUUGUUGCAAGAGCUAGAAACCGCAAAGGUGGCGGAGCAGGAUGCGUCGACCAAGUGCCAGUCCCUGGAGAGGCGCCUGGAAGAGCGGGAACAUGAGAUGGAGGUCCUGCUCCAGGAGGCUCACGAGCAGAGGAUCAGCACAGCGCACGUCCUCGAGGGGCUACUGACGUCGGAGCGAGCAGCACACGCGGAAGCCAGCGGCAGGGCCGAGGCACUGUCAAUCCAGCUCCAGGGCGUCCAGGCGAAGCUCGACUCGUUCCAGCACGAGCUGGCCACGUCCCGGCUGAACGAGACGGCGCUGGAGACGAAGCUGCGAACACAGGCGGAGUCGUCGGGGAGGAGGAAGCGCGGGUCGGAUGACAAGGAGCCGGAGAUGACGCCGCCGCCGAGCGAGAGCCUGGGGCGGAACAAGAGGCCUCGCCUGGACCUUAACUUUGACAAUGGUAGUAGCCUGGGGUUCACUCCGGGGGAGAGUAUGGACGAUCAUGCCAGCACCGAGCAACAGCAGCAGCAGCAGCAAAACCAAAAUCAACAAAGCCAGCAGCGUGACUAUCGCAAGCUCACGGUUGCGCAGAUGAAACACGAGAUGACCGAGGCCGGGUAUGGCGCAAAGGUGAUGCAGCUGCGCUCCAACACGCCCAAGAAGGAAGUCGUGGCUUUGUAUGAGGAGUGUAUGUUUCCCAAAGCAUGAAGACCUUUUUCUCGAGAUCUCUCUUCAUCUCAAUGAAUCCUCCAGCUCCCAAAAGAGUGACCUCCACAUUCUCAAGCCAGCAUUCUCAAUCAGCCCAGCAAUCAUACUCUCUGCUUCUUAGUAUUUUUUUUUUACUCUCUGCUUUCUUUUUUUUUUUUUUCUUUUGUUUCAGUCCCCAUAAAGCUUAAGAUUAAAAUACCUAUUUAACA